CUAGAGUUGGCUGGUGGUGGUUGCGCUAGUCUCUCACCCUUCUCUCGUAUUUAACGUAUUUUUUUCUCACCCUUAGUUCAACUAGGGGUGGGACACAGUUGUACGGAUGCUGCGGCCGCUAGUGUGCACGACCUGUGAUAAUCAUUCGGCAUUCAGAAAUAAUGGGGAUGAUGAUGAUGGGGAUGGUAAUGUCGAGAGUGAGACUAAUGUGGUUGUGCAUAAGUGACAGGGACUGUGUCACCGUUCAUAAUCGUAUUACUACGGUGUGAUGAGAAUAACGCCCACCGCCAAUCAUGGGGAUGAAGAGGAAGGACGGUCCGAGGGCGGAGUGGAGGCGUAGAAAACGCCGAAGGAGACGUAUCAAUGAUUUAUCAUUAAACAUUGGAAUAUUGAUGGGAAUCCUGGGAAUUGUUGUGCCAAUGGUAUCGGCCCAGUGUGAUCUCGCUGAAUUAGCGUGUCGUGAUGGUAGAUGCGUGCCCCAGGAUGCAUACUGCAAUGGAAACGAUGACUGCGGUGAUGGGAGUGAUGAGCCCGCACUGUGCACCCCGUGCAAUCGUACUUAUCAUGGUCGCGAGGGUAGAACCUAUGAAUUGGAGUUGGCACGUCCAACCGAGGGACGCUUACCAUUUUUAUGCCACUUGACAUUCACAGCUGGUGGAGAGAGCCACGGUGAGCUGGUACAACUCUUCUGGGAUGCCUUCAGCAUCGGUCGACUAGAGACAACAGAUGGUGAUGACGAUGACGAUGGGGUGUACGCAAGUUGCCCGGAGGGCUCUCUCCAGCUGUCAGAUCUCGGUCGUCCCUUCACCGGUGGCUCCUGGUGUGGUGCUAGUGAGGGACGUGCCACAUACUACAGCGAAACAAGCACAGUAACAGCAUCAAUAAGACUCUUUCAUGCGCCAUCAUCAGUGCCAUUUGAAUUUCGCCUCAGGUAUCGUUUUUUAUCCCGUAAUGAGGCCGUUGCGAGACUUGGACAACCAGGAUUGACUAUUGAACGUGGAUCACCAGUACCCGGUACAUACUGCUCACGUAAUUUCUAUGAAUGCCACAAGAAACAGUGCCGCGUGCAGAGUCCAAAUUAUCCGGGUGAGUAUCCGAGAAAUGCCAGCUGUAUUAUAACGGUGAGACAAAAAUUCGUACCUACCUGCAAGCACGCUAUGAUAUCGGUUAAAGGGGGUAGUGGUACUGGUAAUAUUGCAAGUGGUGCACCAAUACUUGUGGCUUUUGCCAGUGGAUCGUCAUCCUUUAACAAUGCCACUGGUAAUUCAACAAUGGAUUACAAUGGUCACAGUAAUGGUAGCAAUCAUACGAAUAAAUUGAGUGUGUGGCAGGACUGCCCACCGGAGAAGGAUCGUUUAGUUUUUAGGGAUGGCCCAAGGCCUGAGGAUUCUAUACUAUUGGUUUACUGUGGUGGACCACUUCCCAGAAUAACUGCACGUGGACCAGCGAUGCUCAUUGAAUUUCGCUCAUCACCACUGCCAAUUCCACUGGGCUCAUCACCACUCAGACUUGAAUUGGAUAUACCAGUUGUUUAUGUGGAUUCUGAUGGAUUGGAUUAUGCGAGGGGCGAUCAGGGAUGCAAUUUUUACGUUAAUGAGACAACGAGAAGAAGUGGAAUACUCCGUGCACCCCAGCACACGUUGCCAUUGGGCUCAGUGUGCACUUGGAAUCUCAGGGGCUCAGUGGGUGACCGGGUAUGGCUUUAUUUUUCAUCGUACUCCCAGAGGGAUCUCACUGGUGGUACCGUAGACAAUGUAUCCACAUUAAGGAAGAGUGAAAUUGGUACGCCCCAGUGCUCCGUAAAAAUGACACUGUGGGAUGGCCCAGCAAAUACUGGUACAUUCAUCACGACACUGUGCGAUGAUACACCGAGACUGUGUGCACACGCUGCACUGAGAAACUUGACGAGAUCAACGAGACCUUGCACAUCAGCUGAGAGUUAUUUGACAGUAUCACCAACACUUACCAUUCGCACCGAGAUGUUACUCGGUACAUCGUUGCGCACCGUUAAUUUUCAAGCUAGGUAUGAAUUCAUUUCGACACUUCAAGGUGGUGAACAAUGGGGUGACGGUGUUUGCAGUAGAGUGUGGAGGCGGGUGAGGAGUGGUGAAAUAACAUCACCAAGGGAUGUUCGUUUAUUUGGCCGUGGGGGUGUGAAGAAUUUAUCCUGUGCCUAUAGAAUCGAGGCGGGUCCUGGUGAACGUGUACGUUUAACUAUUCACAAUGUAUCACUCGGUGAUUUAACGAGCUGCAUCAGCGAGCCUGAUCCUCACUCUGGACGACCCAGAUGUCUUUCUGAGUCAAACACUCGAGAUGCCAAGUUGACCCUCUUUGAGGUACCGUGGAGGGAUGCUAAACUACAACGUGCAUGUCUCUGUGACAAUACAUCCCAUCUACCUUUGACACAUAUAUCUUCGGGGAAAGCACUUGAGAUUACUUUUGUCGUUAAUCAGCAAGCACCGCACGAGGACUUUGAGACGCUAUUCUUUUAUGCGAGUUUUGAACUCAUCCGUGUACCUGAGUGCCCGAGGAAACAACGGCUCAGGGGCGAAGGUGGUGAAUUGAGAUUCGUGGUGCCACCGCUGUCGCGUCCAGACAUCUACUGCGAGGGUAUGCCAUGGCUGGUGGAAGCGAGAGACAAUCGUUCGCUGUUUGUCCUGACUUGGGGUUGGUUUUUGCCUCUGGAGCCCCCACCAACCCCAUCACCACUGAGUUCAACGACCCAAUCGUCAUCACCCCAGCAUCAACAGCCACCAGAGACAUCAGAAUCAACGCCAAAGUGUCCAACAUCAAACAGAAUUCUCCUGUACUCCGGCUGGCCAGCUAAAUUACUUAAAGUUGUCUGUCCAGCAGAACCUGGGGCGCGUGAUUACACGGUGCACGUAUUCUCCGAGGAAUGGCUACUGACAGCUGGCAAUUCUGAUGAGAGGUGGUUGUCACCGGCGCGUCCAGCAGCGCUGCUCAUUGAUUUUGUGGCGAGAGAGCCAGGACAGGCUGCUGCCUCGUGGCUAGAAAUAUCAAAGACACGUUCUGCACUUCGCAGACAGUUACGUCUUCCAGGACGUGCCAGUGAUAAUGAAACCAUUGGCACUGGUGAUUGCCUUCAUACGUGUCCCGAGAUUGGUGCUUGCAUUGCACCGAGUCUCUGGUGCGAUGGCAGAAUUCACUGCCCCUCGGGAUAUGACGAGGCAAAUUGUGGCAGCGGUGCAAGAUUACUCGGUCUCUUACCCCCUGGCAUGUGGCUUGCCGUUGCUGCUGGCACCGGCAUACUCACAGCAUCCGCAUGUCUUCUAGGCAUUCUCCUGUGCAAAUCAAAGGCUCGCGCUAAAAGGCUGUACAAUGACGAGAGUCUCAGGAGAUCGGGAAAUGUACCACGGAGAGCACCAACUGAGGAAUCAUUGCUUGGAUCAUCCUGACAAACGCCUCCCGGCUUCGUGGAAUAUAUUCACGUUGACCGGGAAACCACUGUUUAGCUUUGGACUUCUAUCAUUACACACGUUCAUUCUCGUGCUGUUGCUGGCUUCACCGUCCACUAAUUUAAACUCCAUCGUACUUUGUCGUAAUUAAUUCCAGGCAAAUGAGGAAGGCGAAGGAGAAAUAGAGGAGGGAGAAACAUUUGCAUUCUUCAACGAGUGCCAUUGACAUACGUACACGAAUUCUUAAUGGAAACUCGUGAUUUUUUCAUUUUUUUUUAAACCCCGGAAUUCUCUCUUUCGUUCUCUCGUCAUUCAAUUCCUCGCUUUGAUUUUAUUCGUUUCGUUUUUCAUUCAACAAACUUCGAAAUACCAAGUGUGUCGGUCUUUUCUGCGUUGACCAUUGAAUUUUCUGUGGCUUUCUACUCCCUCCAUCGUCAUCAGGUUCGUUGUAAUCGAACAGAGAGAGAAAAAACAAUUUCAUUUCUCGUUUUAUGGACUUUUAUUCUCUUUCAUGAAUGAAAAAAGCUUUAAAACAAACUGUUGUGGUACAAAUGCCUCAGCGUUACCCCUCGGGGGACGGCGUUCUACUGCUAUGAUUAAAAAAAAAAGAUGGAAUAAAAGGGAGGUGCGACGGAGUUACACGUUAAAAUAAUUCUUCCCCUUUGAUGAAACUGGGAUGGAACCAGGAGGUGAAUGGAUCCGCUCGGGAUGGAGAAAAAAAAAACAAUUGGCAGCUGAAAUAUACCAUUGACUUCGCAGGCACUAGGAUAUCGUAAAGUUAUACGAGAGUCAAUGGAGGGCCACUGGAUCGUUAUUCCAUAACGUUGGAAAGUAUAAUGUAGAUUCGUCGUAGGUGACAUUUAUGGAGUUAUCACAUAGUUCUUCUUUUCAUCGUGCGAUUAUCGCACAACGUCGUCAAAAUGUAAGUAGGUCAUUAAUUGUCAAAAACAAGACGUAAACUUUAGUGCCGACGGGGGAUUUAAACGUUUGGAAAAUUGGGGGAGACAUUUUUGGUAAUGUUAACUGGAUUUGAGUGGAUGAACUGCACUGGGAAUAAUUAUUGAUGAGAGAGGCCUUUUACUUCGGAGAUUUACAUUUUUUUUAUUAUUAUUUAAAUCUUCAACUAUUGGAAAUUGAAAUUAACGAA